AUGGAUCAGAGCAACGUCGGCCUGGAGUCGGCCUACUUACUUCUGGACCGUGAGUGGUCACGAUGUGGGUUUACGAAGCGGUAUGGCCCAGGCAGGCUAGAGGAGAAAGCUGGAGUGGUGCAUUUGCAGGAUGGAGAGCUCCUGUGGAGAAAGAAGAAAAAGUUCACGCAAGCUAAAAAGGCCAUCAGCCUUAUCGUCAAAGCGCGGGAUAGAGGCUUGGCAUUUGAUGGAGGCUUUCUCGGCACUACGAAUGCCUCCACUCUUGCAAUCCGGAUCUCGAAUCCUGCGUAUGUACGUACGCUUCUCGAAAUGCUCACACCGAGAUUCCUGCAAAGUGAUCUGACUCCCUACCCAGCUUCCAUAUUCGUACAGAGCGGCUACUAUCAUUCAUCUGCGUUUGAGCAGCCCUCGCCGUACAGUCCAUCAAAAUCUGCCAUCCUAUCCUCCGCAUUGAAGCAUGUUCCUGCGCAUGGCUUCACUGAGCAAUCCCUUAGACUUGGAGCGCAAGACGCCGGCUUCUUGCCCAUAUCCACAAAUCUUUUCCCCGACGGCGCCUUCUCCCUCGUCAGCUACCACCUCACGACCCAGCGCCUCAGCCUCUCUAACCAGUUCCAACGCCCGGACAUCUCGCCUGCGACCAAUGAAGCGCCAAGCGAUAUGCUUCAACGGCUUCAGACAAUCGCUCUUCACCGCCUACAUGCAAACAUCCCAUAUAUCUCUCAAUAUCAAUCUGCACUCGCGCUCCUCUCACUCCCUUCGAACGUGUCCUCAGGCCUGAAAGAGCUGGCUCGCUUGGCAGACGAGAUUCUUUAUUUGGCAGGUAGCACCACUGUCACGACCGCCUGGUUCACUGAUCGCGCGGCGCUGGCGAGCAUCUAUGCUAGUGCGGAACUGUAUAUGACGCAGGACAAAAGCAAAGGCUUCGUCGAGACGGACGCCUUUCUGCAAAGAAGACUAGAUGAGGCUGAUAAGGUCCGAAGAGCUGGGGGAAUGGUAGGACAGUGGGUCGGAAUGCAAGUGGGGGGGCUGAUCGACGGGUUGAGGAGUAAAGGGGCCUGGAUAUGA